AAAGAUUUAGCAAAAACAUAAGUAUUUUAUGGAUUUAGAUAAUCUAGAACAUUCGUUGAAUUUUCCUCUGCCUCACACUUUAAAAUAACAUCAAAUCUCUAUCUAUUUAUACAAACCCUUUUCAUCUGGCAUCUUCAGUUCAGUAAAAUAGAAGAAAGCAUCUAACGAAUUUUACAAGUAAGUGCGUUUAUGAGUGAUACAAAGAUAUCAGCAGUAGCAGUUGCUGCUGCUGUAGUGGUGGUAACUACGGUUACGGUAUGGAUAUGGAAAGGUCUGAAUGUAGCUUGGCUUAGACCAAAGAAAAAUGAGGCUUAUCUAAAGAGACAAGGUCUCUCUGGAACUCCUUUCACCUUUCUUGUCGGAGACAUUAAAAGGGAAGCCAGUAUGGUGGAGCAAGAAAAGUCCAGACCCAUCAAUCUAACUGAUGAUUACACGCAUCGUGUCAUGCCUCUGAUACAACAGACCGUUAAGGAUCAUGGGAAGACAUCUUACAUGUGGAUGGGACCUAUAGCGAGUGUGAUUGUGACGAAACCAGAACACAUCAAAGAUGUUCUAAACAGAGUUUACGAUUUCCCGAAGCCGCCAGUGCACCCAAUCGUUGAGCUCUUCGCGACUGGAGUCGCGCUGUAUGAAGGAGAGAAAUGGUCUAAGCACAGGAAGAUUAUAAACCCUUCUUUUCAUCUUGAAAAGCUCAAGAUUAUGAUACCUGCAUUCUACGAGAGCUGCAGCGAGAUGAUAAGUAAAUGGGAGAAGUUGGUGACCGAGCAAGGAUCAUCGAAUGAGAUCGAUGUUUGGCCAUAUCUUGGAGAUUUAACAUCAGAUGUAAUUUCACGUACUGCAUUUGGUAGUAGCUACGAGGAAGGUAAGAGAAUCUUUGAGCUUCAAGAAGAACAAGGCCGGCGAGUGUUAAAAGCUCUUGAGUUGGCUUUUAUCCCUGGAAUGAGGUUUCUACCAACAAAGAACAAUUUGAGGAUGAGACAAAUUAACAAAGAAGUGAAAUCUAGACUGAGAGAGAUCAUCAUGAAAAGACAGAGGGGUAUGGAUACAGGGGAGGCUCCAAAGAAUGAUCUGUUAGGAAUACUUUUGGAAUCGAAUUCUGGAGAUCAUGGUAUGAGUAUCGAAGAUGUGGUAGAAGAGUGCAGGCUGUUUCACUUCGCGGGCCAAGAAACCACCGCGGUGCUGCUCGUGUGGACUAUGAUAAUGCUGAGCCAUCACCAAAAAUGGCAGGAUCAAGCUAGAGAAGAGAUAUUAAAAGUCAUUGGGAAGAACAACAAACCUAAUUUUGAUGCACUCUCUCGACUCAAAACAAUGAGCAUGAUCUUGAACGAAGUUUUGAGGUUAUACCCACCAGGGAUACUACUUGGUCGAACCGUAGAGAAAGAAACAAAGCUUGGUGAAGACAUGACACUACCAGGUGGUGCACAAGUAGUGAUUCCUGUUCUUAUGGUUCAUCGUGAUCCCGAGCUCUGGGGUGAAGAUGUGCAUGAAUUCAAUCCUGAAAGAUUCGCAGAUGGUAUCUCAAAAGCCACAAAGAACCAAGUUUCGUUUCUUCCGUUUGGAUGGGGACCAAGAUUCUGUCCUGGCCAGAAUUUUGCUUUGAUGGAAGCUAAGAUGGCACUUGUCUUGAUUCUGCAGAGAUUCUCCUUUGAGCUGUCUCCUUCGUACACUCACGCACCUCAUACGGUUCUUACACUUCAUCCUCAGUUUGGUGCUCCGUUGAUCUUCCACAUGCUCUGAAAUCGAGUCACAGAGUACACCAAAUUUCGAAAUUCCUCUGUCUUUUUUGUUUUUCUUAAAUCAAAUUUCAGUAGCAUAUAUAACCCAAUAAUACCACGAUGAAAUCAAGUUCGAUUCAAACAUUUAGGGAAUAUUCUCAGAGAACAUAUCAUAAACAUUUGAGCAUGAACACGUGAUUUCUAUAAUAACUUUCCUAUUAUGUUAAUAUAGAAUUUUUUACUUGACUAAUUACUUUCCAUAAAAACUUGAGAAUACUAAACAUAUGACCAUUUUAUUUUAUUUGCAAAAACAAUUGAUGACUCGUAAUAAGUUAAUUCAUUUAC